GGUUUCCCACAUCCGCGUGCCCUCUUAUUAUACUUCCGCUGAAGCGCUUGUAUGGUCCUCUUCUACCAGCCCGAUUCAACAUGGGACGAGUCAGGACCAAGACGGUGAAAAAAGCCGCCCGGGUCAUUAUUGAGAAGUACUACACCCGGCUGGGAAAUGACUUCCACACCAACAAGAGGGUGUGCGAAGAGAUCGCUAUCAUCCCCAGCAAGAAGCUCCGCAACAAGAUCGCUGGGUAUGUGACCCAUCUGAUGAAGCGCAUCCAGAGGGGUCCCGUCAGAGGCAUCUCCAUCAAGCUGCAGGAGGAGGAGAGGGAGAGGAGGGACAACUACGUCCCAGAGGUUUCUGCUCUUGACCAGGAGAUCAUAGAGGUGGACCCUGACACCAAGGAGAUGCUCAAACUACUGGACUUCGGCAGUCUGUCCAACCUGCAGGUCACCCAGCCAACUGUCGGAAUGAACUUCAAGACACCCAGAGGAGUCUAAGCAUUUGUAAUAUAUCUCUUAAUAAAUACAAAAUGUACAAAAAAAGCAA